AUGACUCCCCUCCCAGUUUUUGUCCUCCUGUCAUUGGUUUGUUUCUGCAAAUCGGAUGACCGCCUUACUCCCGCAAAACCGCUCAAUGCCGGCGACAAGCUCGUUUCGAGCGGCGGCGUCUUUGCUCUUGGCUUCUUCACCCCGGCAAACUCAACUGCGGACUCGUACAUCGGCAUAUGGUACAACAAGAUCCCCGAGCGCACUUAUGUUUGGGUUGCUAACCGCGACAACCCGAUCAAGAAUGGUUCUUCUGGGAAGCUGGUUGUGAGCAGUAACUCUGACCUCGUCUUGUCUGACUCCCAAGGCCAUACUCUCUGGACAACCACAAACAACUUCACAUCCGCAACCACGGGAACUGCUGCUAUACUGUUGGACCCCGGAAACUUGGUCAUCCGGUUGCCGAACGGCACAGGCAUAUGGCAGAGCUUCCAUUACCCGACCGACACCGCCCUCCCUGACAUGGUUUUACCACUGAGCACAAAUGAUGGUAUCUUGAGGCGCCUCGUUGCUUGGAGGGGCCCUGAUGACCCGGCCUCCAGCGACUACUCCAUGGGUGGUGACUCCAGCUCAGACCUCCAGGUUGUCAUCUGGAAUGGGACGAGACCAUAUUGGCGCAGAUCUGCGUGGGAUGGGUCAUUGGUCUCUGCCCUGUAUCAAAGCAUUACUGGCUUCAUCGUAACUGAAACAAUUGUUGACAGAGGGGGUGAGUUAUACAUGACAUUCACCGUCUCCGAGGGAUCACCAAGCAUGCGCAUGAUGCUGGACUACAAGGGCACUUUUAAAUUUCUGGUGUGGAACAGCAACUCAUCAUCAUGGGAGGCUUUCAUAGAGCAUCCUAGUCCUAUCUGUGAACGCUAUGCGUAUUGCGGACCAUUUGGCUACUGUGAUGCCACUGAAACAGUUCCGAAAUGCAACUGCCUCAGUGGGUUUGAGCCUGAUGGUGUUAACUUCUCCAAAGGGUGUCGGAGAAAGGAGGAUCUGAAAUGUGGUAAAGACAAUAAUUUCUCGACCCUGAGAGGUAUGAAGACACCUGACAAGUUCUUGUAUGUCAAGAACAGAAGCUUUGACCAAUGCACAGAAGAGUGCAGUCGCAAUUGCUCUUGUUCCGCAUAUGCUUAUGCUAACCUGAAAAAUGAAAGGGCUUAUGCUAACCUGAAAAAUGGAAGUGGGGAUGCGGACCAGUCAAGGUGCUUAAUUUGGUUGGGAGGACUUGUCGACACGGGGAAAUUUCAUGAUGGUGGUGGUGAGAACCUGUACCUCCGCCUUGCCAGUUCAACAGUUGACAAGGAGAGUAAUGUAUUGAAGAUUAUACUCCCAAUAGUGGCUGGUCUGCUGAUACUCGCAUCCAUCUGCCUUGUGUGGAUAUGCAAGUCAAGAGGUAAACGACGAAUCAAGGAGAUUAAGAACAAACAUACACGACAGCACUUGCAAAAUUCUAAGUUGAACGAACUUGAGAAUGAAAGUAUAGACCUUCCAUAUAUUUGCUUUGAAGACAUUGUUACUGCAAUAGACAAUUUCUCAGACUACAAAAUGCUUGGGAAAGGUGGCUUUGGAAAAGUUUACAAGGGACUAUUAGAAGGUGGUGGUAAGGAAGUUGCUGUCAAAAGGCUUAGUAAAAGUUCCGGCCAAGGGGCCGACGAGUUCAGAAAUGAAGUUGUUCUAAUUGCCAAAUUACAGCAUAGAAACUUAGUUAGACUUCUUGGUUACUGCACUCAUGAAGAUGAAAAAUUAUCGAUAUAUGAAUACUUACCUAACAAAAGCUUGGAUGCCUUCCUUUUUGAUGCAACAAGAAAUUCUGUGCUUGAUUGGCUUACCCGGUUCAAGAUUUUUGGUAUGGCAAGGAUAUUUGAAGGAAAUGAGCAACAAGCAAACACUAUCCGCGUUGUUGGGACAUGUGGUUACAUGUCUCCUGAAUAUGCAAUGGAAGGUUCCUCUUCUGUCAAGUCUGACACAUAUAGCUUUGGCGUUCUAUUGUUGGAGAUUGUAAGCGGGUCAAAGAUCAGUUCAUCCCAUUUCAUGACGGACUUUACAAACCUUAUAGCUUACAUGAGUGGGCAAAACUUCAGGUAUGGAAAACUUCUGAAAGUUCAGGUUCGACCUGAACAGAAAAUUCAUAGUUUCAUCAUUGAGAUAGUAUUGUUUACGUUUCAAAACAGUAAUCUUGAAGUGCGCAUGCAUACUGUCAAUUGUGAUGGCCUGGACCAUCAGAGGUUCAACUUUAUAUAUCCAUGCCACAGAAAAAACAGGACAUGUCGCCUGAAUAUGCCUUGGAAGGAGGCAUUUUUCUCUGUCAAGUCCGACACAUAUAGCUAUGGGAUCUUGUUACUGGAGAUUGCCAGGCCACUCAUGUCGAUAGUCGUGUCUAUGCUGGACAAUGAGGCCGUGCCACUCACAACACCAGAGCAGCCUUUGUAUUUUGUUGGAAGGAGGCAUGAAGCGGAAGAAGCAGGGGAGGACUCUGUUAACAACGCAAGCCUGGCGACGCUAGCAGGGCGCUAG